GCCCCGCCCCCCGCGCGCCGGAAGUGGAGUGCGGAGCGGCGCGGCGCGCUGUCAGACUCUGAGAUCCCGAGCCGGCGCGGUCGCGGGAAGCCAGCGGGCAGCACGGGCGGCUCCGGGCCCCUCGGGCUCCGCGGUCCGGAGGGCACCAUGGACGACAAGGAGCUAAUCCAGUACUUUAAGUCUCAGAUGAAAGAAGAUCCCGACAUGGCCUCGGCGGUGGCUGCCAUCCGGACGCUGCUGGAGUUCUUGAAGCGAGAUAAAGGGGAGACGAUCCAGGGCCUGAGAGCGAACCUCACCAGAGCCAUCGAAACCCUGGGCGGCGCAGACUCCUCCGUGGCCGUGUCCUCGGGCGGCGAGCUCUUCCUGCGCUUCAUCAGCCUCGCGUCCCUGGAGUACUCGGAUUACUCCAAGUGUAAGAAGAUCAUGAUUGAGCGGGGAGAGCUUUUCCUCAGGAGGAUAUCGCUGUCCAGAAGGAAAAUUGCGGACCUGUGCCACACUUUCAUCAAAGACGGGGCGCGGAUCCUGACCCACGCCUACUCCAGGGUGGUCCUGCGGGUCCUGGAGGCGGCCGUGGCGGCCAAGAAGCGCUUCAGCGUGUACAUCACCGAGUCGCAGCCGGAUUUGUCCGGGAAGAAAAUGGCCAAAGCGCUGUGCCACCUCAACGUGCCCGUCACCGUGGUCCUGGACGCCGCUGUUGGCUACAUCAUGGAGAAGGCGGACCUCGUCAUCGUGGGCGCCGAGGGGGUUGUGGAGAACGGGGGCAUCAUUAACAAGAUCGGAACCAACCAGAUGGCCGUGUGCGCCAAGGCGCAGAACAAGCCCUUCUACGUGGUCGCCGAGAGUUUCAAGUUCGUCCGGCUCUUCCCCCUGAACCAGCAGGACGUCCCCGACAAGUUUAAGUACAAGGCGGACACACUGCGGUCUGUGCAGACUGGACAGGACCUCCGAGAGGAGCACCCGUGGGUGGACUACACACCCCCCUCGCUGAUCACACUGCUGUUCACGGACCUGGGCGUGCUGACGCCCUCGGCCGUCAGCGACGAGCUCAUCAAGCUGUACCUGUAAGGGCUUCCUGCCUCAGGGGACGGAGCCACGGCGGGAGGAGCCUCUGGACCCCGGCGAGCCAGCCCAACGGAGCUGUUUUAAUGGAGAUUUAUGAACUAGGGACUUAAAACCAUUUUGGUGAAUUUUUUAUCCUUUCUAGUCCUGUUUGAACAUGUUCCCGGUGCCAGUAAAACCACCUAAGCUGUACUGAUGGUUCCCAGACACUGCCAUUCACUUCCUGUUUCUAGAAACACACGUUAGACUAUUGGCUCUUAACCCUCCAGACCCCUCCCCUCGUCCUCUGCCAAGGCCCCCUCACCGAGCAGGUGCUCCUCACUGCCCUGCACCACGUGGUGCCCAGGAAGGGCAGGUAGCACCGCUGCCCCUGGUGGACACGAGCCGAAGGAGCACCCAGCCAACCCGGGCGCUCACCGCCAAUGACGCCUCCAGACGUUUGGAAACGAAAGUUGUGUCUGUGAAAGAUGUGGAUCUUAACAGGUUUGGGACCUGGACGUUUAAAAAUUGCACGUGGGAACACAUUCAGCAUCUUUUCAAUAAAUAACGUGAGACACUGA